AGCGAACCGAUACAUAUAAUCUUUCUAUUAGCUUUGGCUUUGUUCAGAAAGCAAUGAUGAAAGAACAUAGACAAUGUUUUUCCAUCUUUUUCUUCAUUUAUCUUGUCUUCUGUUCUUCUCAAUUCGCUAUAUCCCAACGUUUAGUGAAUUUCAUUUCUGGUGUUCCCACUUUGUGGAUCAACAGGCCAUCCAUCGGGAGUAAUUUCAGUAGACGCAUCCUUAAUUAUACACCCAUCCUUCUGGAACGAAAUACUGGCCUACAAUUCCUCUAUGGCUUCUCUUGCAAUUUCUAUCACACAGAAUGCUUUCUUGGUAUCUCAUUAGUAUUAUACAACAGCACUGGUGAGACCAUUUAUAUAGAGGGGGGACGGUUAGUUUGGUCUGCUAAUCGAGACCAUCCAGUGCAAGUCAAUGCAACCUUGCAACUAGGCCAAGAUGGCAACUUGGUGUUGGCUGAUUCUGAUGGCACUCUUGUUUGGUCCACUAAUACUACCGGCAAAUCUGUUUCAGGCUUUAACUUGACGGAUAUGGGGAAUCUCGUGCUCUUUGAUACGACCAACCGCACAGUUUGGCAGUCUUUUGAUCAUCCUACAGAUUGUUUGCUCCCCGGGCAGAAUUUGGUUUCCGGGCAGAAGCUAACAGCAAGCGUUUCAGCAGACAAUUCGAGUCAAGGUUUAUUUUCUCUUACUGUUCUCAAUGGAAGCUGGGCCACUUACAUAAGUUCUGAUCCACCUCAGUAUUACUCCACUUCAGAUUAUCCCGAUAGUCUUUAUUACAGUUUUGAUGGUCAAACCCUUACUGCUUUACCAUACCCUCCUACAUCGAUAGCUCAAUACAUACAGCUUGGGUAUGAUGGACAUUUACGCGUAUACCAAUUGGACAACCUUGAAAAUAAUAUGCUCGGCCUUAAUUGGAAAGAGGUAGGUGACAUUUUGACACUCUCUGACUGUCGCUACCCAAUGGUGUGUGGGAGAUACAGCAUUUGUGCAAAUGGAGGACAAUGUACUUGCCCAGUUGAAGUUAACUUCUUCAAGCCAUUUUCUGAGAGGAAUCCAGAUCUCGGAUGCACAGAGUUGACGCCCAUUUCUUGUGACUCUUCACAGUAUCAUAGUCUUGUAGAGCUAAAGGAUACUGCAUAUUUUUCAUUUGGGUUCAAUUAUGAACUAAACUCGAGCGUAUUUUGGCUUGAGGGGAAAAAGAUUGAAGAUUGCCAAAGGGCAUGUCUGAGUAACUGUUCUUGCAAAGCUGCUGUUUAUUAUCCGUCUUUCAAUUUGAAUCUACUACGAGGGGACUGUUUGUUACUGAAUGAAGUCUUCUCUCUGAUGGACGUUGGAGUAGGAACAGUUUUUCUUAAGGUGCAGAAUUCCCCAAAUGCACCGGUCAUUUUCCCUAGACAGAAAAUGCCUUUCAAAGUUAUCAUAGGAUGUACUUUGAUUGGGAUAAUUUUGAUUCUUUCAGUUUGUUCUGCUCUUUCCAAAAAGAGAUCGGAGAAACGCAAAGCUGGUGAUUUUCUGGAUCUAGAACCAAUCUUACCGGGAAUCCUAACUCGAUUCUCUUACAAUGAGCUGAAAAUAAUUACACAAGAUUUCAGCAUAAAGCUCGGGAAAGGAGGAUUUGGCUCUGUAUAUGAAGGAACACUGAGCAAUGGCACCAAAAUAGCUGUGAAGCAUCUGGAUGGUGUAGGUCAAGUAAAGGAAUCAUUCUUAACAGAAGUAAAGACAGUCGGUGGCAUUCACCAUAUCAAUCUGGUAAAACUCAUUGGAUAUUGUGCCGAAAAAAGCCACAGGCUUCUAAUCUAUGAGUACAUGGUGAAUGGAUCGUUGGAUAGGUGGAUUACGCAAGAAAAUGGGCUUACCUGGCAUAAAAGGCAAAUGGUAAUAUCAGAUAUUGCUAAAGGGUUAGCUUAUCUACAUGAGGAUUGCAGCCAUAAGAUAAUUCAUUUGGACAUUAAACCACAAAACAUCCUUUUAGAUCAAAAUUUCAAUGCUAAGAUAUCUGAUUUUGGUCUGUCGAAGCUAAUUGAGAAAGACAAAAGCAAAGUUGUGACUAGAAUGAGAGGAAUGCCGGGGUAUAUAGCCCCUGAAUGGUUGAGCUCAAUAAUCACUGAAAAAGUUGAUGUGUAUGCUUUUGGAAUUGUGCUCUUGGAAAUUCUCUGUGGACGAAAGAAUUUGGACUGGUCCCAAACUGAUGAAGAAGAUGUCCAUUUGCUAACUGUUUUUACGAGAAAAGCAGAACAAGAGCAUCUCACAGAUAUGGUUGACAGAAACGAGGAUAUGCAGCUCCACAGAGAAGCAGUGACAGAAAUGAUGAGCCUUGCUGCGUGGUGUCUACAGGGCGAUUUCUCCAAGAGGCCUUCCAUGUCAUUGGUGGUUAAGGCACUCGAAGGUUUGGUGACUGUUGAAACCAACUUAGAUUAUAAUUUCAGAAAUGUACCUAAGGUUGGGGCAGGCAACCAACCGAGGGAAGCCGCUAUCAGCUCAAAAUUGCCAUCAGUUUUAUCGGGACCGAGGUAA